AUGGAAACAACUCGACUGCCCUAUCAUAGCUCCUGCCACUGCGGUUUAAUCAAAUACGUUGCGUUCCUCUCGAUACCUCCGGUUAAAUUCCUCCAUAUGAGCUUGCCGGAUGCCCCGAAUCAAUUUUUUUUGCUUUCGCCGCCUGACCAUGACGAGCUUGUUAAUUAUCAAUGCUUCAAACCACGCUGGAAAAGGGACGAGGUUGACUCCGAGAAACUCAAGAUGGCGAUUUCUAGCGAGGAAGGAAAGCUGAUUACCAUUGGAAGCCAGGAUGUGAAGCAGAGCCUUCCUACGGGAUACUUCACCGUGAAUGCGCUUUCCAUCGACCAAGACCAGGAUCAUGGACUGCGUCUUGAUCUGCGCCAGGUUGUUGAUAAUAAGUGGAUGGAAUAUUCGGGUUGCAAGGAGAACAAAGCAGACGUUUGCUAUGAUUACCCGCAGGAGGGAGGCACAUGGUGA